AUCGCUCGCAGCCACUCGCAGCCGGGGCUCAGUCGCAGCCCCUCGGAGUCCGGAGCCGGCCGCCCUUGCGGACCGGACAGUGCCACCGGCGGCCCGGACGGUGCCCCCCAGCACGCGAGCAGGGCGCGGCGCAGGCGGCCGCGGAGCGGUGGGGAGGAGCCCCGGCCGGAACCAGGGCUGGGCCGGGGGCGGGGACGCCGGGGUCCCAGAACCCCGGAGCCGGAGCGAGCUCAGGAGCGUCGCGGGAGCCCCGGGAAGGACGAUCGGAAGCCGGAGAGAGCCAAGCCAUCUUACAAAGUGCGAUGCCCCCGAGGGGCUGAGGCGCGCGGCGUUUGGCGCUGGAAAGAUCGCCCCGGAGCGGCGCGGCGCUCAGGGGCAGCCCGGCGAGUGGCGGCGGGCCCGGGCUGCGACCCGAGCGAGCCCCAUGCCCCGUGCGGGCUGACGGGCCGGAGCCCGCACUGAGCGGCCGGGCGGGACAGGUCCCUAUAGAGCGACAUGAUGGUGGAAUCUGCAUCGGAGACAAUCAGGUCGGCUCCGUCUGGUCAGAACGGCGUGGGCAGCCUCUCUGGGCAGGCUGAUGGCGGCGGCGGGGCUGGGACCGCAGGCACGGCCCCGGUGGCUGCGGGUAGGGACGGCUCAGGCAGGGACGCCGCCGCCAGCGGAGCUGACAGCAAUGGCGAGAUGAGUCCCGCGGAGCUUCUGCACUUCCAACAGCAACAGGCUCUCCAGGUGGCCCGGCAGUUCCUGUUGCAGCAAGCCUCCAGCCUGAACUCCCCGGGGAAUAAUGACAGCAAACAGUCGGCCUCUGCAGUGCAGGUGCCUGUGUCUGUGGCCAUGAUGUCGCAGCAGAUGCUUACUCCCCAGCAGAUGCAGCAGAUCCUGUCGCCCCCUCAGCUGCAGGCCUUGCUGCAGCAGCAACAGGCUCUCAUGCUCCAGCAGCUGCAGGAAUAUUACAAGAAGCAGCAAGAGCAACUCCACCUGCAGCUCCUCACCCAGCAGCAGCCUGGGAAACAGCAGCCCAAAGAGGCUCUGGGGAACAAACAGCUGGCCUUCCAGCAGCAGCUCCUGCAGAUGCAACAGUUGCAGCAACAGCACUUGCUCAAUCUGCAGAGGCAGGGGCUGGUCAGCCUGCAGCCUAGCCAAGCCUCGGGGCCCCUCCAGGCCCUCCCGCAAGCAGCCGUGUGCCCUACAGACCUGCCUCAGCUGUGGAAAGGCGAGAGUGCCCCAGGGCAGCCUGCUGAGGACAGCGUCAGGCAGGAGGGGCUGGACCUCCCCAGCACAGCUGCCACUGCUACCUCGUUCGCCAGCCCCCCUAAGGUCUCCCCACCCCUCUCCCACCACCCCCUACCCAACGGACAGCCCACUGUGCUCACAUCUCGGAGAGACAGCUCCUCCCACGAGGAGACCCCCAGUUCCCACCCCCUUUAUGGACAUGGAGAAUGCAAGUGGCCAGGCUGUGAGACCCUGUGUGAAGACCUGGGCCAGUUUAUCAAACACCUCAACACAGAGCACGCUUUGGAUGACCGGAGCACGGCCCAAUGCCGCGUGCAGAUGCAGGUGGUCCAACAACUGGAGAUCCAGCUCGCCAAGGAGAGUGAGCGGCUGCAGGCCAUGAUGGCACAUCUGCACAUGCGGCCUUCUGAGCCUAAGCCCUUCAGCCAGCCAGUGACCGUCUCUGCAGACCCAUUCCCAGAUGGCCUGGUGCACCCCCCAACUUCAGCCGCUGCCCCGGUCACACCCCUGCGACCCCCUGGCCUGGGCUCUGCCUCUUUACACGGUGGGGGCCCUGCCCGCAGGAGAAGCAACGACAAGUUCUGCUCCCCCAUCUCCUCAGAGCUGGCGCAGAAUCACGAGUUCUACAAGAACGCUGACGUCAGGCCCCCCUUCACCUAUGCCUCCCUUAUCCGCCAGGCCAUACUGGAGACCCCAGAUAGGCAGCUGACUCUAAAUGAAAUCUAUAACUGGUUCACCAGGAUGUUCGCCUACUUCCGAAGAAACACUGCCACCUGGAAGAAUGCCGUGCGCCACAACCUCAGCCUGCACAAGUGCUUCGUCCGAGUGGAGAAUGUCAAGGGGGCCGUGUGGACCGUGGAUGAGCGGGAGUAUCAGAAACGGAGACCACCAAAGAUGACAGGGAGUCCCACUCUGGUGAAGAACAUGAUCUCAGGCCUCAGUUAUGGGGCACUUAAUGCCAGCUACCAGGCUGCCCUGGCAGAGAGCAGCUUCCCUCUCCUCAGCAACCCCGGCAUGCUGAACCCUGGCUCAGCCAGCAGCCUUCUGCCCCUCGGCCAGGAUGACAUGGGUGCCCCUGGGGAACCACUGCCCAGCAACGGGAGCAGCAGCCCCCCUCGCCUCUCCCCUCCUCAGUAUAGCCACCAGGUGCAAGUAAAAGAGGAGCCUGCUGAGGCAGAGGAAGAUAGGCGGCCGGGGCCUCCUCUGGGCACCCCAAACCCCAGCACUGUGGGGCCUCCGGAAGACAGGGACCUGGAGGAGGACCUGCCAGGAGAGGACAUGUCCUAAGGGCUGGGUGGACAGG